AUGUCAUCUUCCACCGAGGCAGGUCCAUCGACGUUCAAAGAGAUCCCCCUGACCAUCGAGCCGGUGCACAUCUACACAUCAUCUUCGUCUACAUUUGAACGCGAGCGCACGCUGACGGACGUCCUCGCGGACGGAACGAAUGUCUUUGCACAACGCAAGCCGGCGGGUGCGCAGCUGAGCGAGGAUGUUCGACGACUGUGGGCCGAACGGGGCGACUUCUCGCGCUUCCGUUCGGAGGAUCUCAAACGGGUUCGCGAGGUCGACUCCACCGCCGAGAGCGAUGACGAGGAGGACGAAGUGGCGCCACCGAAGGACGACGAAGAAGGUCUCUUGAGGAAGACCGACGAGAGAGUGGGUGGAACCAUCGCGGAAAGCGAAUUUGUCAAUCUUCGUAACAAAGUGCUAGCCAGUCUCGACGUGGCGCACUUCAACUCCAUCCAUGCACACCAGCUCCUAGGGAUGCUAUUGAAACAACAUCGGUCUUCGUCCUCAACGAGCGGAGGAGCAGCGGCAAGGAUGGGUUCCCCCGCCCCCAGUGUCGGCGGUCAAUCCACCCGCUCCUCCACCACCGCUCCGGUCAAAGCCCCACUGGGAAUCUUCGCACACCUUCAAACGGGGAAUCGGGAAGAGGAGUUCGUACUCGAUGCGCUCGCCAUCGCACUCUCGCGCACCAGCCUCAACAGCAGUACUGCCGUCCGACGCGAGAUCCCCACCGACGCCGACGACGAGGAGGAGGACGAGUACGACGUGGAUCCCACCAGCUCAGAUUAUGCGCUCAAGCAGGCAAGGCGGGAGCUCGAGGCGGCGGCAGGGUGGAAGGAGAACAAGUUGCGCGAGUUCAAGGUCGUACUGGAAACGAAGCGGUCUGCGAUCCGAAAUGCCGCGGAGCUGCUGGACGAUGCGGCGGGCGAGCUGCGACGGAGUCAGGCGGGGAAUCGCGAGCGAUGGAGGAGUCUCAUCGGUCUGCACAGUCGAGGGUGGGGAAUGACACCCGGUCGACCCCUUCUGGACGUAGAACGUUUCGGGGUCAGCACGAUCGACGACGAAGAGGCAAACGAAACAUCCGGGGCCUCGACGAAAGGAGAAGCCAAGAAGAAGAGCGCUGCUGCGGGACUGCAAGGUUUCGGCACCCCCCUCGUGAGCUCGGAUGGGAAGGUCAAGGAGGAAGGUGCGAGGGAUGCGUGGGUUGGAUUUGGACUGCCCGAGGCGCCGAUCGAGUUGAGGAGACGGAGCAUCGCGUAUUGGGCCGACUUGCCAGCAUCCACAGGUGGUUCGACGGCGGAGGAUGUGAAGAAGAAACUGGUGUUUCCCGAUAGGAUGCAUCGUCGACUUCGGGUGCGGUUCGUUCUGUGGCCGGCUUCGUCGUCGACCGUCUCGAAUGGUUCGGGUGGGAAGCAGGAGGGGGGAAGGAUGGAGUGGUCGAGCGAUGCGUCGCCCGGCGUGAGCGGCGACGAGAAGCAAGGACCGGUGGUAGCAGGCCAGAUCCUGGAUCAGGAGCUGCAGCAAGCGUCGCGCGAAGCAACCGACGAGCUCGUGUUCGGCGAUGUGGUCGCCCAAGCUCGACUGUUGCCCCCGGCAUUUGGGGUGAGGUUGACCUCGAGCUCCGUGCGCAUCGUCCUCACCAAGCGACUCGAUUUGGUCGUCGAGCUUGUGCCCACAACAGACUCGACAGCGGAAGCUCCACCCUCCCCAGAGGCGGAAGCGACACCCGAGGCAGCUCCGGCAUAUGCACCGCACGCCGCGCUUCUACUGGCGUUCCUGCGACUCGGCCCUUUGCGCAAGUACCAGGCCUUUGUUGCCGCGACGGAGCUGGGUCGGCGAAGCGAUGCAGCUGCGCGAGCGGCGGGGAUCAAAGCAGGAGCGCUGGCGGUGCCCAAAAAGUCUGCGUCGGCUGGCACCGGUAAGAGCGACGCGAAAGGCGGUGCGGCGGGAGGCAAAUCGACCAGCGCAGCGUUGAGCAGGCUGGACACGGUGGGACCCGUGAUGGUCGGGCUGCACUACUGGUCCUUCGUUCAUCGGCUUGGGAAGACGUUACAGGACGUGCAGGCGAAGUCGCUGGAGAGAGGUGUCGAGGUCAAGGUGCAGCUGGUGCCCGUGAUGGGUUCGGGUGGGUCGUUGACCCAGCUCACGCGCGUGCUGGGUGGCAUGGUCGACGCUACGCCGUCCCUGGCUUACCCUCGAGAACGCAGACCAGAGCAAGAGCCGGCGAGGUUGGACGCUCUCCAGGGUCACGCUAAGGUCUUUGUGCACGCUAGUGGCUCGCAGCGGCUGGUCGCCACGCUCACGUUUAGCCAGCCCAGCUUGCUCAGUGUCCAAUUCACCGCAUCGCCAAAAAGCACCGGCGUCAGGCUCACCACCAAGCCGCUGGCCGUCGACCUGGACACGUUGGCCACAUUGCUCAUCCAACAACUCGCACACUACUCCUAA